AUGGCCUCAACGGCAGUAGACGCGCACAUGGAGCCACGAGGCCCGUCUACUCCAGUCAGCAAGCCAUCGUCGCGCCGGGACUACAAGGGCUUCGUGGCCGGCGUGUUCAGCGGCAUCGCAAAACUGACGGUCGGCCAUCCCUUCGACACCAUCAAAGUACGCCUGCAAACAACCAACAGCGGCCGAUUCAGCGGGCCUCUGCAGUGCGUCACACAAACCGUCAAGAAUGAAGGCAUUCGCGGCCUCUACAAGGGCGCAACGCCGCCCCUGGUCGGCUGGAUGUUCAUGGACUCGGUCAUGCUCGGCUCCCUCACCGUCUACCGCCGCCUGCUGGCCGAGAAUGUCUUCCACGCCUCAUCGUGGACACCCGGCGCCGGAGAGGGUGCUGGCCUCGGAUUCACCGCCCUCCUCGACAGACUCGGAGUGCUUCCGGCCUCCUCCUCCUCCUCCUUCUCCCCCCCUUCAUCGUCAUCACCGACGACGUACCUCCCACCUCUGGGCCACGGCAUUGCAGGCAUCUUCGCCGGCACAACCGUGAGCUUCGUUGCCGCACCAGUCGAACACGUCAAGGCCCGUCUGCAGAUUCAGUAUGCCGCUCACAAGUCGGAACGCAUGUACUCAGGGCCCAUAGACUGCCUGCGCAGGAUCUACACCCACCACGGCGUACGCGGUGUCUACCACGGACUGUGCGCCACCGUCAUCUUUCGAGCCAUGUUCUUCUUUUGGUGGGGCAGCUACGACGUGAUUUCGAGGUGGAUGAGGCAGCGGACGAGCAUGAGCGCCCCGGCCAUCAAUUUCUGGGCGGGCGGGUUGAGCGCGCAGGUUUUCUGGCUGACCAGCUAUCCCAGCGAUUUGGUGAAGCAGAGGAUCAUGACGGACCCGCUGGGCGGGGGCUUGGGGGACGGCGAGAGAAGGUUCCCCCGAUGGAAGAAUGCCGCCGUCGCGGUGUACAGGGAGAGCGGGUGGAGAGGGUACUGGAGGGGCUUUCUGCCCUGCUUCUUGAGAGCGUUUCCGGCGAAUGCCAUGGCGCUGGUGGCAUUCGAGGGCGUCAUGAGGAUGCUGCCCUGA